UGCUGUCGACAUCUGGUCCCUGUCGUGCUCACAAAGUCACCACGCUCGACCCCGUCCAAUACCACCCAUGUCAUCCGCCCAGUUCCAGUCCUGGUCCCUGUCACUGGUCAUGGCUCUCUCGCGUCCCCAGUCUUUCGCUACUCAUCCUAUUCUCUCGCUGGCUGCUGCUCCUUUCACUUUGCCGCCGCCGCCUCUUUGCUCUGCCACCUGCACUUGCACUUGCACCUGCGUGCUACCUUACCACCUUCCCGCCCGCCUGCUUAUUCGGCUCCUGCCAACCACGCCGAAAACACUCAAAGCCCAAGUCUGCUCCGCUGCUCGACUUCGACCUGUCACCUCGUCUCUUCUCCUCUUCCUUCCUUCCUAUUUCUAACUACCUAUUCAAACAACCCCCUCACCUCACCUUCUACUACGGCCUACAGUGACCCGCCUAAUCCGCCAGUCUCUCACGAUCACGAACUGCCUCACGACCACGCCUAAUCCCGACCACG